AUGGCGUCGCAACCGCCUUCCGAUUCCGAACCACAGAGCUUCACCACCAUGUCUGUCGGCGACGUUGAAGCAAUCGGCGCCCAUUGCCAAAUGGCUUUCUGCCACCAGCUGGACUUUCUGCCCUUCCGCUGCGAGAGCUGCAAGGGCAAGUUCUGUCUAGACCACCGCAGCGAGACGGCCCACAGCUGCCCGCAAGCCGGAGCAUGGGCGCGGCGACUGCGCGAAGCCUCAUCGACUCCCUCCUCCGACUCCACCACGCCGACACAGAAACCCAACAUCCUUACGCACGAGCAGCAGUGCUCCAGCCCGUCCUGCAAGACCCUCAUCGACACUCCCCUCGUCCCCGGCAUCCACUGCACCAACUGCAACCGCCGCUACUGCCUCAAGCACCGCCUGCGCGAAGACCACGAAUGCGACAAGUUGAUGCCGCUGGGCGCACGCCCCGGCCCCUCACAAAAGGAACGCGGCCUCGCGGCGCUCGAGAAGCUGCGGGCCUGGGGUGCGGGGAAGAAGGCAGCAGCGACAGGUGCGGGCGCGGCUGCCAAGGCCAAGGCCUCGGCGUCGUCGUCAGCUAGCAGGAACAGCAAUUCGCCGGCGGCGCGCGCGGCGGCCCUGAACAAUAUCAAGAGGACGGCAAAGGGCGACUCGAAGGUCCCGGCCGAGAAGCGCGUCUACGUGCACGUGGAAGCGUCGGCCGAUACCACGACGGCCAAGUUCCCGACAGGCAACUUCUUCUACAGCGCCGAGUGGAGCGUGGGCCGCGUGCUGGAUAUAGCGGCCAAGGCGCUGCAGGUCGAGAACGUGAACAACAGGGGUGGAGGCGAGGAGGAGCGGCUGCGCGUCUUCCACGUCGAGGGUGGGCGUCUCCUGGAUUUCAGUGAGAAGCUGGGCGCGGCGGUCCAGACGGGCAACACGAUUGUGCUGCUGCGCGGCGUGGGCCCGCCCGUGCCGGACUUGAUUGAGGCGUGA